GGGGGCAGCCGCGUCGACGCUAGCUUUUUCCGCCACAGUUUAAACUGACAGUCGGUUCAGUUGAGGCUCGUCGGUGUCCUGGUUACAGACGACAAAUGUAUUUACAAAUAUCGAAUAUAGCUCAAACAGGACAAAGUGCAGUUGUUUAGUUGUUGUUCCGGACAGCGCCUUGGUGCUAACGUCGCUAGCCGCUGAGGGUUGGAGCUCGUCGUCCUCCGUCAUGACUCUGCUUCCAGAGGAAGCGUCCGAUCUGAAGCUCAUCAUCCACAACCGCCUUCUCCAGGUGAACAAACCACCACACGACAUCAUCUACAACCACCUGCUGCAGAUGGAUAUCCAUGGGAAGAUUCGAGAGGUGCUGGCUGAGACCGUGAGGGAUGAUCGAGGGCGAUCGCGUCGACCUCCGUCCGAGGCCGACUUUCUACGUGCUCUGCAGUGCAGGGGAAUCGUGGAUGAUGUGAUGAAGAACCUACACUUAACCCAGGAAGCACCCACAGGGGCAGACACGGGAUCUCCUCCGAAGCCUGCUGCUCACCAUGUUGACAAAGACGUCACUCAGCUGAAGAAAUCCAACAUUGACCUAUCGAGGCGUUGCCUGUAUCUGCAAGUACUCGGGGGUAAGGCCUUUCUGGAGCAUCUCCAGGAGCCGGAGCCUUUGCCGGGUCAAGUGUGUUCCACGUUCACACUCUACUUGCACUUCUGCAACCAGAGGUUCCGCUCAAAGCCAGUGCCCUGUGCCUGUGAGCCCAACCUGGAGGAGGGCUUCCUCUUGGAGCUUCACAGAGACGGCACAGCAGAGGGCAGUAAAAUGGCCGACGCCACAGCCUUGCUGUCUAUGUGCGACCCCGUUCACUUGGUGCUGAUCAAGACGGACACCUCCAGUGAGACGACGCUGGUCUCAUCCCACUUCCUGGACUGGAGGACAGUGCUCGGGUCUCCGAGCGGGAAGACCUGCUUUGCCGUAGAGCUGAUGGGAGUCGGAAGUGAAUGUAAAGUCCCAGCUGGUGUUCUGACAGUCAGUCUGGAGCUCCACCCGCCGCUCGCUGAGACUCUGAGCCCUGAUAUCAUCAGCACACAGCAAUUGCUGGAGAGGCAGAGGACGGCGGAGAAGGAGAGGCUCUUCCUGGUCUACGCCAAACGGUGGUGGAGGGAGUUCCUCGAGAUAAGACCGUCACACCAAUCCAAAAUGGUCAAGAUAUUUGCACAGGACGAGAACGGCAUCAACAGACCGGUGUGCUGCUACGUGCGCGUCCUCCGGGCGGGCCGGCUCCUGGAGAGUCCUCGACAGGCUGCCCGCUUCGUCAGCCUGCUGGCCCACGAGAAGGCCCCGGUGGUGGGAGGAGGGGGCAAGCAGGAGCAGUGGUGCACAUUAAUGGCUUUCGUGUGCAGAGGGAAGGGGGAUUGUGAGGACCACGCCACCCUGCUGUGCAGCCUCCUGCUGGGCUUUGGCCUGGACGCGUACGUGUGUGUGGGCACCAAAGCCAAGGGAGUUCCACACACGUGGGUCCUGACCCGCGGUACCGAUGGGAGCGUCACCUUCUGGGAGAGCCUGACGGCACACAGGUACCUCCAUAAGACCAUCGACCCAGACGCUCCACCUCUGCCCCUUCAGCCCAAACCCUCGUCCCCCUACCGCACUGUGGGCUGCGUCUUCAACCACCAGACCUUCCUGGCCAACUGCCAGCCGUCCGACGCGGUGGAGCUUUGUAUCUUUGACUUGCAGAAUCAGUCCCGGUGGAAGGCGAUGAGUGAAGAGGCCCUGAAGUCCGUCUGUGCCCCGGGCUCCGUCACCUCUCUGCCCCUCCUGCCUCCGCUCUGUGCCCCGUCUCUGGAUCCUGCUGCUGCCAGCAACCAGAUGGAGUUGGAGAUGCGCUUCCUGGUUUCUGAGCACAGGAAGGACCUGGAGCUGGCGACGGUGUGGGACGACCACCUGUCCUACCUGCUCUCCUCUGCCCUGUCCGCCUACGAGCUGGAGCGCUGCACCGGCGUGUCCUGUGGCAACGAGGAGUUCCAGGACGCGGUGAGGAGGGCGGUGCCCGACGGACACACCUUCAAAGGCUUCCCCAUAAACUUCCUGCACCGCAGCGCUCGUCGAGCCUUUUCCACCUCCCUCAAGUCUCCUUUCUGUCAGGAAAUAGUUAGUUGCCGCGGCGACCACGUGAGGCUGGCGGUCCGUGUGCGGGUGUUCGUGUAUCCAGAGGACGCAUGUGCCGUGUGGCUCAUGUUUGCAUGUAAAUAUCGUUCUGUGCUCUAAAACACCGCCGACGGAUGGUUUCCGAAAAAACUACCGGAUUAUGUUGCACAUUGAAACAAGAACUUAAUAACUUCACGGGGAAACACAGGUGGUUUUUGUUUAAUACAGUCGCAUUAAAAUUUUUACAUCCAUGAGAAGAAAUUUACAUUCAGAUGUUCGUGGCUAUUAUCUCUACUCUGGUUUUUAGGCUCUUAUAUUUUUAUAGUUUGGCAGACUGUAAAGUCUGUUACGCACAGAAAUGUAUUUAUGUAUCUAUUUUUUAAAAUAAAUUGGACUUGUACUUCAAAUGA